AUGGAGGUGCUCUUGCGCUCACAUGACAGCAGCAGAGCCAUGGCAGUGGAGAUCCACGAAGGCUCAGUUCCUGCCUAUUACAGAGAAGUGUAUGAGGCCAUCCACAAUAGGACACAUGAGAAAGUGCAGUUGGAGGUAUUUCAGCGAUUACUUCAAAAGACUGAACUCUCAAAGUCAGUCAUAGGCCAGAUUGUGGACCAUGUCGAGUGCACUGACGGAUACCUGAACAAGCUGGCCCUCUACAAAGCCCUGGCUCUCAUCGCUUUGGCCCAACAAGGAAAGCAACCUAGUCCCAAACUGCUGGAAAACUGCAUUCAGGAGUUACCAAAGCCUCAUCUUGGAGAGCCCAGAGACCUGAGCAGUCUGAGGAUGCAGCCUGUGCAGGAGGACGAUGUGCUGACCAUGCCCCUGAGCCUGGAGAAGCUGCUGUCCCGGGACACGGUGCAGGUCGAGCUGAUCCCAGAGAAGAAGGGGCUGUUCCUCAAACAUGUGGAGUACCAAGUCACCAGCCAGCGUUAUAAAUUAUCCGUUUAUCGACGAUACAGCGAUUUUGACGUCUUCCAUGAGGUUUUGCUCCAGAGAUUCGCCUACAGAGUCGUCCCAGCGCUGCCUCCAAAGCGGAUGCUCAAAGGAGUGUUGACCUCCGUCUCCGAGCGGGAGUUUAUUGAAGGCAGGAGACGCGCCCUGGGCAGAUUUAUUAACUUGGUUGCUCGACAUCCGUUCUUCUCAGAGGACGAGCUGGUCAAAACCUUCCUUACUUUCAGCGGCACUGACGUCCAGACCAAGCUGCGAGAUACUAAUAAAAAAACUGGGGAUGAGUUUAUGACCAACAGAAUUGCAACGCAAGCAAAGGAAUAUCUCCCAGGUGACAUCCAGGCCCAGUUCUCCACGAGUCGAGAACUCAUUAGAAACAUUCACAACAGCUUCUUUAAACUCCGCGACCGGGCUGAGAAGAUGGCGGAGCGCUCAAAGGAGAACGCCACUGAUCUGCUUUUGUUUGGCAAGGAGCUCAGUAAUCUCGGCUCAGAUGCGUCGACGAUUCCCUGCUUUGCGUCCUCCCAAAGCAGCUGGGGAGCCCUGCGUCAGUCCCUCAAGAGUUUGUCCGUGGAGUUUGCGGUGUUGUCGGACAAAGCGGCUCAGCAAGGUAGAAGAGAAGAGGAUGAUGUGGUGGAAAGAUUAAACCUAUUCCUGGAUUUGCUGCAGUCGUACAAGGAUUUAUGUGAACGCCAUGAGAAAGGUGUUCUGCACGAACACCAGAGGGCGCUGCACAAGUACGGGAUGAUGAAGAGGCAGAUGAUGAGCGCCACUGUUCAGCCCAAAGAACAGGCCUCGGUGGAGCAGCUGGAGUCCAGGAUAGUUCAGCAAGAAAAUGCCAUUCAGACCAUGGAGCUGCGCAACUAUUUCUCCCUCUUUUGCCUUCAUCAAGAAACACAGCUAAUCUUUGCCUAUCUGCCAAUCACGUCCCACAUCCUCGGUGCCUUUGUUAACUCGCAGGUCCAAGGACACAAAGAGAUGGGAGAAGUGUGGACAGAACUCCAGCCUAAACUUGGAUGUCUCUUUGGUCGAAACAACGGAAUGAAGUUGCCGGUCUAA